AUGGAUAAUAUAGCAAUUACUAAUAUUCUUAAAAACUAUGGGUAUGCUUUAUAAAUUAAUCCUAAAGUUUUAAAGCCUCUGAGCCAUAAUAUAAAACCAUUAAUUAUUCAAUUGUCCCUAAAUAUUAGACCUUAGAAGAUCAUGUAGAAAAACCUCAAUUAGAAAUUCUUUAAUAAUUAAAUGAAGAAAAAAAGUGUCGUGAACUAGUUGAAGUACAUGGAAUUACUUUAGAAAAAACAAAAUAGUUUUAUGCUGAUAAAAUCAAAGAAUACAACGAUAUUAUAGAUUUAAAGCAUAUCAAAAAAAAAAGAAAUCAAUCUUAAAUCGUUGAAAAAUAAAACAAUUAAACAUUUAUUAGAUUUGCUGGAGAUGAAGGUAAAAUAACUAAUUUUCACAUCUCAAUUAAUUCCAAAAAUCUUAUUCCAUUAUUGAAUGAAAUCAAUAGAAGAUCAUCAAAUUAAAAGUCUCCUUAAUUAAGUCCUGCUUGUUUCAGGAGAUCUUAUAGAAAUAAUCAAAACAACUCAAAUAAUUAUACAAACAUUAAAUAUACUCUACAAACAAUAAAACCUAAAUAACUUUAAAAUAUAACUUCUAGAUUAGAAUAGAAAUUUAAUAACUAUGAUAAUUUAAAUUAAAGUUAGAUAAGUCCUAAGAAUCAGAUUAACAUUAUUCAAGAACCUACUUUAGAUUUUAUUAAAAAAAGAAAUGCAUUAUCAGUAGACCUUAAAUUUAAAAGAAGAAAUUCUGAAAAUAAGAAAUCACCUAAUUCAUUCAUUAAAUAACAAAAAUAGGAUAUUCCCAAAGUACUUAUAUGAUUAUUUUAAGAUAGAUUUAUCAUAAAUGAUUUAGGAUUCUUUUCGAUAAAAUUAAUCAACAUGUUGUUAAUAGGAAGAUUAUGAAGUUUCUUAAUAAGAUUUUAAAUUUAAUGAAAAUAAUAAUUUAGAAUUAACAUAGAUAUAAUAACCAUAAGUAUUGUCAAAAAUCGGAUCAUAAAAAACAAUUAAUUUAGAUUAAAUUCAAAAGGAUUAGCUACCAGAUAUAUAUAAAGAUAUAAGUAUAUAUCAUCAUUUAUCUAGAAAUUAAUGAAAAUGUUGAUAUGGAGUAAAGAAAAAAGGUCUUAAAAAGAAGAAGAGAAAUUAUAGAUGAUAUUCUACAUAAAUAACAGCCUAAAUUUUUACAUAUUUGUGGAUCUAAAUUUGCUGUUGUAAAUAAUGAAUAAAAUUGGAAUAAUUAUAAAAACCUAAGAAUUCGUAUACUAUAAAGAGAAUUAGAUAAAGAAAUUAAUAAAAUGAAAAAUGUAAAAGAAUAGCUCAAAGAUUUCGAUAAUUUAUAAAUAUUAUCUGGACCUCCUAUCAAUACAAAUUAUAAUACAAAUAAUCUUUAAUCAGAUUAUUAAGAUGUCAAAAUUACGAAAAUAAUGAAAUAGCUAACUGCUUUAAAAAAAAUUAAUUGA